AUGCUCGCGCUUCAGCAACGUCCGACAACAAUUAAUGAAAAAGCUAUUUAUUUCCCCGGUGAUGUUAUUGCACCAGAACCAUCAAUUGUUGCUAAUAUUGGAUCAGUCGGGGGAGUUGAGGUAAAAAAAAAAACUUUUUUUUUUGACAAUUUGGUCAUAGUAAUCGAUCGCAAUUUUUAGAAAGUCUGUAUUUAUAAAGUCAGACAAUAUCAAAAAAUCGAACUUUAAUUUGGUUUGUAAAAACUCUCCAACAAAUUAUCUCAGAAAAAAAACGUAUAAAUGUAUUUCUAGAUAGCACCACGUCAAUGGGCAGUGGAUCAUCCUUCUUCACAAAACAAACCGGAACGACAGCCAAAUGUACCUGUUAUAAUCCGACAAUCUCCACUAAUUUCCAGAUUAUUAGCAGAAAAUAGAGGACUUCAAAAAGGAACUAAUAAUUAG